AUGGAUCUUUACUAUGCGAUCGUCUCCCCGCCGUCUCAGGCCGUAGUACUGCUAGCCAAGUACCUAGGAGUGCCGUUAAACCUCAAGAGUGUGAACCUCCAAGCGGGUGAACACGUGCCGGAGAAGAUAAACCCCCAGCAGAGCUUACCAACACUGACCACCGAGGAUGGCGUCGCAAUCUGGGAGUCCAACGCGAUUAUGCUCUAUCUGGUUGAGCGGUUCGACAAAGCCGGAAAGAUCUACCCAACGGAUCCGGUCAAACGGGCGGUUGUCUUUCAGCGGAUCUUUUUUGAUAUGGGAACACUGUUCAAGCAGCUGAGAGCCUACUUCGCGCCUAUUGUGAUGCAUGGUGCCAGUCCGGAUGAAAGCGCGCUGAAAGAAGUCGAAAAAGCAUUUACGUAUUUGGAACAAUUUUUGGCCGGUAGCAAAUUUGCAGCCGGUGACGAGUUAACACUGGCGGAUUUUGCUUUGAUUACAUCGGUGAUGAGUGCCAUUUCGAUGAAACUGGAUAUCACCAAGUAUCCUAACGUGGACCGCUGGGUGAAACUAUGCAAGAGCACCCUGCCCGGAAUCGAAGAAGUCCAAAAAGAGGCGGAAGUUCACAUGAAAACAAUCAGGCAGAACCCGCAGAAGAAUUAA